UGAUCGCCCGGUGCUGCUGCCAGUGGAGGCAAGUUCAAUCCAGGUUCAGAUGUUCAAGCGCGCGCUAUACACGCCUCCUCCUCGCCUGGGACUCGGAUGCGCGCCGCUUCAUUCCUACGCCCCUUCACGACCGCUCAGGCUGGCCAAUCCACCUUAUGCUCUAUGUCGCUCAAAGGUCAUCAACAGAAUUCGCAUGCGAUGCAAAGGAGGGAGUCUAGCGUAAGCUACCAGCGCGUAGAGUCCGAAGCUCAAGUUACGCAAUCGCCGGAUGAACGGGCGACCGUCGGCGUAGCACUGGUAGUCUGGGUCUCGGCGCAGUAGGAGCCAUCUACUCCUUGAUCCUGAAGCGAAGUGGUCAAGCGCAUGUAACGGUCGUUGCACGGAGCAACUACCAGUCGGUGAAAGGUGGUGUAUACGCCUAGCCUAGC